CGUAGAUACCACUUGCUAUACCGCACUCAUAACUCUUCAUUAAAAGACUACACGCACUCACUAGCAGUGAAUCUCGCCGGAGUUCAAGAAGACGGAACACAGCGCAGGAGACAUGGCUAUGCGCACAACACAACCUCAAACUGAUGCGAUCGAUGCAGGAUAUGAGGACUACCUCUGCCCCGUGUGUCUGGAGAUAUAUGUCUCUCCGAUGACCACAGACUGCGGACAUACAUUCUGUGAAAGCUGUCUUAAGGAGUGCUUGCGGCCUCAGAAACCCGUGUGUGCAGUCUGCAGGUCUGAUCUGCACGAGUGGAAACAAGCAGAUCAUUUACUAAAUGAGAUGAAAAGAUCAAUUGGAAAGUGCAAAGGCUGUAAAAAUGAGGUUCUUUUGUCUGACAUGAGAAGCCACACAGGGUCUUGCUCUAAAUAUCAAGACUUAAUCAAUGAAGGUAUGAAGGCCAUUUCAAAGAACCAGCCUUCAAUUGUCAGUUCAGUGCCAAACCGUUACACGUUCACCUGUCCCUACUGUAACAAACAGAACUUUGACCAGGGUGGUCUGGUGGAGCACUGCACCUCAAAACACGCACAAGACCCACGUCAAGUGGUGUGUCCGAUAUGUGCCUCAAUGCCCUGGGGUGACUCUAAUUACAUGAGCGCUGACUUCUUUCAACACCUCAGAAUGAGACAUGCGUUUUCCUAUGACACUUUUGUGGAUUAUGCUACAGAUGAGCAAGCCAUGAUCCAGGAAGCUCUACAGCGCUCUCUCAUGGAAAACUGAUGUGAGGGACAUAUGGAUCCCCAGCUGAACGUAACAUAACCAAAA